AUGCCUAAGUGGGAGAGGACAGUACGCAUGCUUUUAUGCGUCUUCGGUUUAAUCUUGUCUGUCUAUGCGCUUCACGUGGAAUUAUCCCGCGAGCACGACCCGGCUUACAGAGCGAUGUGCGACCUAGGAGAGUCUGUCAGCUGCUCCAAAGUUUUCACCUCCAGAUGGGGACGUGGUUUUGGCUUGGUCCAGUUCUUUGUUGCCCAAGAUAGCCCUCUGAACCAGCCCAACAGUGUUCUUGGAAUCAUAUUUUACACUCUGCAACUUGGCUUGGGUCUUUCCCUGUCCAAAAAGGCUGCUCUUUUCUUGGUGCUCUCUUCAUGGGUGUCUGUGGCUGGCUCGCUGUACCUCGCCUCUAUUUUGGCUUUUGUCCUGGGGGAUUUCUGCAUGGUCUGCGUGUCAACAUACCUAGUCAACUUUGGGUUGCUUUACACCAACCUCAAGCGAAGGAACGCCAUUGAUGGAAAGAAAGAGAAGGCGGGAUAA